UAUAUUGUGCGCAUAAACAUCGAAUUUGUGUGUUAUCAUAAAUCACGAUUAUUGUGAUAAUCAUUAUUAUUAUUUAUUAUUCAGUACCACCGUGUUUCUGACGUUUCUGUUGUUACGAUAUUUUUACGUUUUGAAGCUAUUGUAAUAAACCGUCAAACCGAACAUGUCAAAAACUACUGGCAAUUCUAAACGAGCGCGUUGUAGCAAUUUUUCGGCAUUCGAAGAAAUCACAUUAGUUGAUUUGGCAGUAAAACACUCCAGUGUUCUGGAGUGUAAAAAAUCGGACCAUGAUGUUUGGGAAGCCAAAAAUACAUCUUGGAAACAAAUCCAAGCUAAUUUUGUCACCGCAACAGGCAAUAACAGAGAUGUUCAAAACCUUAAGGACAAAUAUGAAAACCUUAAAAGGAAAACAAAAAAAAUAGAAGGGGACAGGAAAAAACAGAUUUUCCAAACUGGAGGUGGAGCUCGAGCAAGUUGCUCUGUUGCACCAGAUACCCAUAAUACUCUACUUGGGAUUUUAGGAGUAUCGGCGGUAGGGUUAAGCAACCCUUUUGAUGGAGAUAAACCAGGAGAACCAUUAAUAAAAUCGCUCACCGAAGAAGAUAUUGUUGUAGUUGGCUAUGAUGAGACUAAUAAUUGUGAUGUUACAGACUACAUAGAUGUUCAUUUGGAAUCUGAUGUUGAAGAUAAUAUGGACAUAUCAAUUGUUGCCAGUAAUGCCAAACCUACAUCGAGUUCCACAUCCACAUUGGAGAUAAACUCUGCACCUGUGGUUCCGACGUGGUCCAAGUGGACUCCAGAGACAUUGAAAAGCCAGAAGAGUUCAGAAUUAACAAGUCCACUUACCAUAAAAAAAAAUAAUAAGACUACACUAGGAGAAAGUGUGAAAAAAUACUCUCAAGCUAAGGCAGAAUUAAUAAGUAAACAAAAAAUGUAUUUUGAAAAUGAGGAGAGAAGAGCUCAAGAAAAACACGAUGCUGAUCAGUUAAGAAAUAAAGAAAAACAUGAGUGGGAAAGGGUCCACCAUGAAUUGAGGAUUGAAAAAUUAAGGCAUGAGAUUAACGACCUAAAAAAACGUAAAUAUAGGUUAUAUUUAAGUGUUAAUUAAUAUUUAUUUUUGCAUUAUUAGGUAGUUUCCUUGUUUUUAAUAUCAUGUUUCAACAUUUUUAAGUCAUUUUUUGUAGUUUUUGUACAAUGUGGGGCAAUUUUAGAUUUUAGAGCAAGUGUUAAACCCAAGUUUGGAAACACAUUUAAUUUAUCUAAAAUCUAACUUUGGAUUUGGACUAGUACUACAAAUUAUAAAUGUAUACUUUUGUUUAUAAAUGUAUUAAUAUUAUAAUCUAUAAUUGAUAUAUUAAAUUACUAUUACAAUAUUCAAGG